UGCUACGUGUGGCUUCAUCAGCUCCCCUCUGGUUGGCUGGUUUGUCUGCAGACGUAGCAGAGCUUCCUGUUUUGUGUAACACGGUCAAUGUGCUGGUUACCAAACACAAGUUUCUCAGCACAGUACCGAUCAAUGCGGAGUUGUAACUGCAUUAAGGAGCAAUUAAGGCAUGGUUCAUACGUGUAUUCACUGGUUCCGCAAGGGACUCAGGCUGCAUGACAACCCAGCACUGAUGGCUGCUCUGAGGGACUGUAAGGAGCUCUACCCUGUGUUCAUCCUUGACCCUUACCUCCAUGACAACACCAGUGUGGGUAUCAACCGCUGGAGGUUUCUCAUUGGAGCCCUCAAAGACCUGGAUGGCAGCCUCAGAAAACUCAACUCCAGGCUGUUUGUUGUGAGAGGGAAGCCAGAGGACGUGUUCCCCAAGCUCUUCAACAAGUGGAAAGUAACAAAGUUGACCUAUGAGUACGACACAGAGCCUUACAGUCUGAGCCGGGACAAAACAGUGACCACGCUGGCCAAAGAACACGGAGUCGAAGUCAUCUAUAAAAUCUCUCACACCCUUUAUGAUAUAGACAGGAUAAUUGAGGAAAACAGUGGCAAGGCUCCCCUCACGUAUAAUCGUAUGCAGGCAAUAGUGAAGACUCUUGGUCCCCCUAAGAAACCGAUCCCUGCUCCCACAAUGGAAGAUGUGAAAGAUGUGAAGACCCCUUGUUCAGAAAACCAUGAGAAGCAAUAUGGGAUCCCUCUGCUGGAAGAGCUCUGCCAGGACACUGCAGCUCUUGGAGAGGAGAAGUUCCCAGGGGGAGAAGAGGAGGCUCUGAGGAGACUGGAUGAACAUAUGAAAAGAACGGGAUGGGUGUGUAGCUUUGAGAAGCCACAGACGUCCCCAAACUCGUUGACCCCCAGCACCACCGUUCUCAGUCCGUAUGUCACCUUUGGCUGCCUGUCUGCACGCACCUUCUGGUGGAGGCUGACAGACGUCUAUCGGGGGAAGAAGCACUCAGAUCCUCCAGUUUCCCUGCAUGGUCAGCUGCUGUGGAGAGAGUUCUUCUACACAGCUAGUGUGGGAAUCCCUAACUUUAACAAGAUGGAGGGCAACUCUGUAUGUACCCAGGUGGAUUGGGACACGAACCCCGAAUAUCUGGCUGCAUGGACAGAGGCUCGCACUGGUUUCCCAUUCAUUGACGCCAUCAUGACUCAGCUGAGGCAGGAGGGCUGGAUCCACCACCUGGCCAGACAUGCUGUUGCUUGUUUUCUCACCAGGGGAGACCUCUGGAUCAGCUGGGAAGAAGGGCAGAAGGUGUUUGAGGAGCUUUUAUUGGAUGGCGACUGGGCUCUGAAUGCUGGGAACUGGAUGUGGCUCUCAGCAAGUGCCUUCUUCCACCAGUUCUUCAGGGUCUACUCCCCUGUUGCAUUUGGCAAGAAGACAGACAAAAAUGGAGACUACAUCAAAAAGUACCUUCCUCUUCUGAAGAAGUUCCCAGCUGCAUAUAUCUAUGAGCCUUGGAAAGCUCCACGCAGUGUCCAGCAGGCAGCAGGAUGCAUUGUGGGUAAAGACUACCCACAUCCUAUUGUGCAGCAUGAAGUGAUCAGCAAAAAGAAUAUCCAGAGGAUGAAGUUAGCUUAUGCCAAGAGAUCCACAGACCCUGCAGAAUCACCAACCAAAAAGCAAGGGGUUAAGCGCAAGGCACCAUCUGUCAUCGACAUGCUGACGAAAAAAGAGAGAAAAAAGUGAAGCUUGCACAAAUGGCAGCAUUGAGUUUUUGUGUAAUCUAUGACUGUUUAUUACAACACAAAUUAAGUGAAUACACAGGUUUUGGUGUGCUUCCAGUGCUGAUGCUCUAUUUGGACUGGAAGAGGUCAGUCAGACACUCUUGUUUAUGUGUUCAGGCAGUCUACUGUAUGUUCUUUUUUAAUACACCCGUCAUUAGUACCAUUUUCUAUUUUGAAUACUUUUUUGUCUACUUUUUAUAUUAUUAUUAUUAUUGUAUUAUAUCUAUUUCAGUGUUUAGAAGUAAUGGGUUAGGUCAGAAAUAUACUUGAAGUUUUUUGCAUGGGAAUAAAAUAAAAAAUGCUAAAGAUU